CGGGACUCACUCACCGCUGAUGCACCCGAAGCACCCGGCACAUCAUACGUGGAUAAUCAGUAGUCGAAACUAAAAUGCGCCGGGCCCACCGUCCUCGCCAUCCCGGGCUGUGCAGGUGUAAGAGGUAACCGGACUGAGCUGCUGGGGAGGGACACGGCCACUCUUUAUAUCUGCGGAUCACAUCAUACAUGUUUUAUGUACAGCCAUGACAUUUUCCGAUGCUUUGGUAUGGAGGACUUCCUCUGGAGCACGCCUUUAAUUUCAGUCACCGUAUUUGGCCUCUCUGGUGGUUCGGCCGGUUCAGCUGGAUCAGCGACUGGAGGAAACAACAGCAGCACUUUGAUUAAGUGGUGGAGCUCAGUAUGUCCUCGGUGGUGGUGUCCCAGCUGAGUGAGCUGAGCCUGGGAGAGCUACCCAUGGAGAGCUGGAUGUCUCACCUGCCAUGUGCUCUGUGGGACACCCCCCUGUACCACCUGGCCAUCCCGGGCAGCCACAAUGCAAUAACCUACUGUCUGGAUAUGAAUGACAGAUCCCCUGUUGACCUCACCCAACCAGACAUGCUUCAAAAGCUGGACAAAUACAUGAAGCCUCUUAUUCGCCCCUUUGUGUACAAAUGGGCGAUAACCCAGGAGUACACUAUAAAACAGCAGCUGGACUGUGGGGUCAGAUACUGUGACCUGAGAAUUGCACACAGGCCCAAUGACAGCUCCACUGAUCUUUAUUUCUACCAUGGCGUUUACACCACACUCACUGUGGAGACUGUUCUAAUGGAGAUAAGGGAGUGGCUGGACGCCCAUCCCAAAGAGGUGGUCAUUCUCUCCUUCAGCCACUUCCUGGGCCUGAGCCAGGAGCUCCACAUGCUGCUGCUCACAACCAUACGCAAUGUAUUCACCUCCAAACUCUGUCCCAAAACGGAAGUGUUAACUCUUCGAAACCUGUGGGCUUUAGGCUACCAAGUGAUUGUUUCCUAUGAACACAACAUCGCCAGCUGUCACAGCGACCUGUGGCCACACAUUCCUUACUGGUGGGCCAAUAAAUGCAAAGCUGAGGCUCUAAUUGAGGAGUUUGAACACAGGAAGCAACACGGCAGACCAGGAGGUUUCUUUGUCACGGGAAUUAAUCUGACAGAAGACCUGAAGUACAUCUGCACACACCCAACAGAGUCCCUGAAGGACCUGGUGAUGUCCACGUAUCCGACUCUGCUCAGCUGGGUUACAGAGCAGACUCCCGGCUCCAGAGUGGGCUCUCUCAAUAUCAUUGCUGGGGAUUUUAUCACAGAGAGUCACUUUGUACCAACUGUUGUUACACUGAAUGAGAAACUGCUGAAAUGGUCCUCAUGACUUUUUUACCAGUAUGCAUUAAUCUGCAAAAAAAAAAAAAGUGAAUCACAGCAUGAAACACAAGCUUGUUUUGUUAAAAGCGACAGAAAAAAUACUUGAAUUAUUCAGUUAAACAUAAAUGCACUGAUUGAAGGCAGUGAAAUGUAUAUUUCAGUCUUAAAGCUGCUUGGAAACAGACCUUUGGUAUUUUGAGCUGCAUUUGUUUGUUUACAUUCAGUUCACUAUUUAUGCAACGCACUGUAUGAGUCCGUUCAGUCAGCGAGGUGGCCGGUUUUAUGUUACGGUGGCCAAAGCAAUAAUGUUAAAACUAAUCUCACCUUAACGUAGGCAUUUUAGAUAAGUAAGCACAAGCAAUGUAUUCAACGAGCACAUAUGACUAUAGGACAUCAGUUUUUAUAAAUAUGUGGGCAGCAAGUUUAAGAAGAAGCUCGACUGCAUCACCUACAAUACACGUAUUUAUCCAUAGAGAAUGUAGAGAGAACAUGAAACUUAUGCAAAAUGCAUGGAAAAGUUAUUUGCAUGAACCCAACCUUGACUGUUCUACCUAUAACUGACUUUAGCCAGCGGGUUAGGCCUUGAUCUAAAAUAAUGCUGCACCACUGUGCCUGUGAAGAUAAG